AUGCUUGAAGCCAAGCUCUCCGAUGCAGUCCUGCUCAAGAAACUCCUCGAUUCUAUAAAGGAGCUUGUGACAGACGCGAAUUUUGAGUGCAACGAAGAAGGUCUCAAACUCCAGGCAAUGGACAACUCGCAUGUCGCACUCGUCGCCGUUUCCCUGAAGGCGGAUGGUUUCGUCAAGUACCGUUGCGACAGACCGAUGCCGCUGGGUGUCAACCUUGGAUCUCUCACAAAAGUGCUCAAGUGCGCAAAGGACGACGAUGUCUGCACGCUCAAGGCCUCCGAUGAUGCGGACGUACUGAAUCUUACGUACGAAGGAAGAAACAGCGAUCGGAUUGCGGAGUAUGACAUGAAGCUCAUGGACAUCGAUGCCGACAGCCUUACCAUCCCGGAUACCGAAUACGACGCGUGUGUCACCAUGCCUUCCUCCGAGUUUUCCCGCAUCGUUCGUGAUCUCGCGCAGCUUGGUGAGUCCGUAAGGAUAGAGGUCAGUAAAGAAGGUAUCCGAUUUGCUGCCGACGGAGAAGCCGCCAACGGAUCCGUACUUCUGAAGCAGACAGACGCUGCGCGACGCAAGUAUGCCAACAUGGAAAAGGAAAAGAAACCGAAGAUUGAGGACGAUGAUGAGGAUGACCAGGAAGAAGGAAGUUCGAAAAAGAAGCCGACUAAGGCUAAUGGUACGAAAGUCAAGAAGGAGCCAGGUACUGAUGACGCAGACAUGGAGGAUGUAGAGGAGGGUGACGGAGGUGAAUUCAAAGCACAAUCCGAUGACGAGGAUGAAGGUGAGGGUGAGGGUGAGGAAGAGAAGGGAGGUGAAUCCGACGAAGAGGAGGAAGGAUCGCGGAAGCGUAAGAAGUCUCAGAAGGCGACGGGAAAGGCGAAAAGGCCGAAGAAGAACACGGAUGAAGAUGGCGGCGUGGCAGGGGUCGCAAUCGACAUGUCGCAGCACGUAUCUCUUACGUUCUCGCUCAAGUAUCUUGUGAACUUUUCCAAGAGCGUGGCCCUAGCCGGAACAGUGAAACUUAUGAUGUCAAAUGAUGUGCCACUCCUCGUGUCAUACGAGUUUGGACCAGGCUAUAUUAACUAUUACCUCGCACCGAAGAUUGGAGAUGAGUAG